UGCUCCAUACUCCAAUCCAGUAGGUGGCGGACAAUGCACCUUGAAGUUGGUUUGCCAACCGCCAUUUAAACAACAGAAGAAGAAGAUAUGUUUUGCUCUGGUGGACAUCUACGAGCGUUUCUUGUGGUUUUGUCUUCCCGUGGAUUACUCUUGGACUGUUUAUUCUCUUCGUGAUUCUUUUCUGCCUGUCCUGGACUGUUUGUUAUUGAGGACUGAUUUAUAUUGGAUAAAAACACAGUGAUCACAGUUCACACCUGCAGUGAAGCCCCUCCCACAACAAUUCACCAAUAAAUACUGGGAAUAUUCCCAUCAUCCUACAAGAGAAGGACCAACUCCAGGAGUAGCGGCUGAAAUCCGUGUGAUGGUUAAAGAUGGAGUUUAUUAAAGAGGAGAUUGAAGACAUGAGUGAUCCAGAACCAUCCAGAAUAAAACAUGAAGAUACUGAGGAACAAAUAGACCAAGUGAGAGUGAAAGAGCAAAGACAAGAACUGAAUGAAGUGAAGGAGGAACAUCACCAGGUGAGAGUGAAAGAGCAAAGACAAGAACUGAAUGAAGUGAAGGAGGAACAUCACCAGGUGAGAGUGAAAGAGCAAAGACAAGAACUGAAUGAAGUGAAGGAGGAACAUCGUAACUUUACAAUUCAAAGAACAAAAGCCAAAAAGAUACACACAUGCACUCAGUGUGGAAAGAGUUUCACAAAGAAAGUACACCUUAACACACACAUGAGAAUUCACACUGGAGAGAAACCGUAUACAUGCACUCAGUGUGGAAAGAGUUUUACUCAAUCAUCAAGUCUCAGUGUUCAUCUGCUCAGUCACUCCGGAGAAAAGACAUUUAACUGUGAUCAGUGUGGUAAAGAUUUUAUUUCAUCAGCAAAUCUAAAACAACACCUGAAAGUUCAUUCAGAUGAGAAGCCUUAUGUGUGCUCUCUCUGUGGAAAGAGUUUUUCGUGGCUGGCCAACUUUAUACGGCACCAGAAAACACACAAUGAAGUGAGAGAUCAUGUGUGUUGUUACUGUGAGAAGAGCUUUACUGCAUCUGUUGAUCUGAAACGGCACCAAAUAAUUCAUACUGGAGAAAAACCUUACAAGUGCUCACAUUGUGACAAGAGUUUCAAUCGGUCUGGAAACCUGAAAUCACACGAGCGAGUUCACACUGGAGAGAAGCCGUUCGACUGUACUCAGUGUGGGAAGAGUUUCACAGCUUUAUCCACACUUAAUUAUCAUCUGCUCCGUCAUUCCGGGGAAAAAUCAUUUAACUGUGAUCAGUGUGGUAAAGAUUUUAUUUCAUCAGCGCAUCUAAAAUCGCACCUGAAAGUAAAUUCAGAUGAGAAGCCUAAUGUGUGUUCUCUCUGUGGAGAGAGUUUUUCAUGUCUGAACGGUUUUAAACAGCACCAGAAAAUACACAAUGGAGUGGGAAAUUAUGUGUGUAGUUACUGUGGGAAGAGCUUUAAUACAUCUGGUGAACUGAAACGGCACCAAAGAAUUCAUACUGGAGAAAAACCUUACAAGUGCUUAUUCUGUGACAAGAGUUUCACUCAGGUUGGAAACCUGAAAAAACACGAGCGAGUUCACACUGGAGAGAAGCCGUACGACUGUACUCAGUGUGGGAAGAGUUUCACUCAAUCAAGUAAUCUAGUGACUCAUAUGAGAAAGCAUUGUUCUGUGUCACAGUGAGCAAGUGUUCUGUUAGAUUUAAAUAAAGUAAAUGUGUAGUUAGUUAACUAAUACACUAAUGUUUGCUGUAAAUGCCACAAGAUUGUGUUUUAAAUGUUACAGAACAAGAAAGAAAAUUAUUUUGAUUGAACACUUACUCAAAGAAAUACCAAAAUUAAAAGUUACUGGAAACAAAUGUAGAAAAACAACAGCAAUCAGUUAUUUGUUAAUAUAUAAAACAAUUCCCUGAAUUUGUUUGUUUUUGUUUUGUUACUUAAAGCCUGUUAUUACAUAUGCAGAUGUAUGUUUAAUAACUGUACAAUUCUCA